UAAUGGAUCAAUUAGAUUAGAAAUAGUUAGAAUAGCUUAAGUAAUAAUAAGCUUAGAAGGAAUAAAUGGAAGAAAUCAAAAAGUCUAUUCUGACUUAAAUAUUGACACCUGAAGCUAAAUAAAGAUGUAUUUAUUUUGAAUGUUUAAUUUAUAGUGGCAAAUAUCAAAUUGGUUAAACCAGAGAAGGCAGAAAUGAUUGAAGUUCAACUUUGUUAAUGGGCCAAGCAAGGGAAGAUUACCAAUUAAUUAUCUGAAGAAGAAUUGAUCAAAUUAUUAGAAGCAGCAGAAGGAUAGAAAAAACAAGACACAAAAGUUACUGUAAUUUUUUAAACUAAAUUACAUAGUUUAAGAGGAGAAAACUUUCAAGUGAGGAUGAAGAUGACAUUUGAU